CUGGUCACUUCGCAAAACCACGAUGGCAGCGUGGCGAUCGGCGCGCUUCCUCGGGCGACAGCACGGCCUCAUGGCCCUAUGCUCGUCCACCUGUCUUGCCUCUAUGGCCUACGCUGAGGCGACGCCGGAUGAGUAUGCGCCGACGGCGCAGGAGAAGAUCGUCGGGCGCUACGAGAACCGCCUGCGCCGCUUCAGCACGCCCGAGCGCGUCUUCGAGUACUUUGCGAGCGUCCAGCUCGAGAAGCAGUCGUACAUGACGCCGGCCGACUUUUCGCGCGCGCUGACGCCCUACUCGUUCCGGCGUGGCGUCGAGCUCCGGUCCAAGAACACGACGUUCAACCCGGCGGCUGCGCUCGCGACGCCCAAGAAGCCCGAGGUCGCGGCCUACAAGCAGCUCCUCACGCAGCUCAUGGCGCUUGGCGACAAGAUGGACGCGGCCAAGCUCGCGAAACGUCCCGUGGCACAUGGCGAUAUGAAGGAGAUGGAACUCCUGCUCACGAUGCUCGGCACGACGUACGCCAAGAUGGAUCUGCAGACGCAUUUGCUCGUGCUCCGCGACUUGAACGUCACGAAGCGCGAGUUUGACACGUUUCUGACCACGCAUGGCGGCCCCGUGAGCCGCACGCACGCCUUCUUCGACCUUGUCGACGCCGACGGCGACGGGCUCAUCUCGUACCCCGAGUACAUGUUCUUUACGACGCUCCUCAGCAUUCCCGAACGCCAAUUCGAACUCGCGUUCAAGAUGUUUGACGACGACGGUAACGGCGAGAUUGACCACCGCGAGUUCAAGCAGAUCAUGGAGCUCAUGCGCCGCCGGACGCCCGCGGGGCGCCAGGACCGUACGCUCGACGAAAACUCGACGCCUGUCUUUAAGAACCUCUUUGGUGAUUUCGCCACGGAGACGCUGACGUACGCCAAGUUCAAGGCUUUUCGCCAGAGCCUCAAGGACGAGGUCAUGCAUCUGCAUUUCGAGCACUAUGACGUGGACGGGAGCAACGAGCUCUCGCCGCGCGAGUUUGGUAUGUUUCUCAUCUCGCACGUCGACCAGAUGCAACUCGACGAAUGGGUCGCGAAGGUCGAUGCGCUGCAUAAAAUGGAGGGCAGCAUCUCGGAGCAAGAGUUUAAGAACUUUUACCUCUUCCUCGACAACCUCGAUGCGAUGAAGGUGGCCAUGGAGCUGAUCCACGAGACCAACGGACUCAACAAGGAGCAGUUUCUGCGGGCGACGCGGGCUGCGUGCGGCGGCGGCAUCCCGCUCGUGUCGACGCACCAAGUCGACAUCAUCUUUGCGCUCUUCGACGCCGACGGCGAUGGCGCGCUGUCCCCGGCCGAGUUUCUCGAUGUGAUGGAAACGCGCCGGAGCGCCGGUCUCCGCGAGCGGCGUGACAUUGGCGCGGUCGACUUUGUCCAGCGCCUCCUUGCGUGUGCCCAAGAGUCGAUGGCGGCUUGAAGAGUCGUCCAACCACAGCGUUCAGCUAGUCGUUUGCUAAAUUUGCAAUGCACGUGGCACAUCAAAGAC